AUGGAGUUCUUUUAUGAUCUCUAUGCAGCCAUUGCUGAGACGGCUGCAGAUGCAGCCUCCGGAGGCGUGGCAGCUAUAGGUGUUGGGACAUGGCGGGUCUUUCAGUAUCAGGACUUCGAUAAUACGAAGCCCCCAACUUUCGAUGGAUUUCAGGACCCAAUCAUAGCCAUGAGGUGGCUAUCCAAUGUUGAUGGAUGCUUCUUCACUUGUUCAUGCCCUGCUGACCAGAAGGUCAAGUGCACUCUGAACCUUCUGAGGUCCAGAGCCAAGGAUUGGUGGAGGCUCGCUACCAGUUCCUAUUCUACUGAACAGAGAGUUGUUGUGACCUGGGAGCAGUUUUAUGAGAUGUUUCGCUCCCGUUAUGUGUCGCUGGUGGAGCGAGAGAGAUUGGCCCAGGAGUAUCUGGACCUGAGGCAGGGUACUGAGAAUGUGACUGAGAUCACCAAAAUGUUUAUGAAAAGGUCUAUGUUCAGCCCUGAGUUUGCUACAUCUGAGCAUGCUCAGAUGACCCGUUACUUCAACAUGCUCAAGACGGGGAUCAGGCGGUUUGUUUCCACUCAGGGCUAUGGAUCAUUGUUGGAGAUGCAGGAGGCCGCCAGGCAGCAUGAGAUUAAGAUUGAGUUGUAG